AUGUAUGUAGCAGAAGUUUCAGCCAAAAUUGCUAAGGGAUAUUCCAAAAAUGUCGAGGACUAAGUCAAGCGACUUCAGGACAAGGUUUAGAGCAAUUUAUAGUGCUUCCAACACCAGAAAGUACCUUUUAAAGAAUAGCCCGAUUAACAAUCGUUUUUUUUUUUAAAGAAUAUUGAAGCAAACAAACAUUACUCAUCCCGGAAAACUCGAACUGGUAGCUCGUUCUACCUCAGAGGAAUUUAUUUUAGAAAUUCCAAAACAAUUUCAAGGCUGAAUUUUGCGAACAACUUUUAGUUACGGACUUCUGCUCCAACGAUUUCUCUGAAAUUUCCCUGCUAUACUUGUUAUCUCAUUAAAAGCCGGUACCAGAAAUUUCAGUAAAAAAAUUUAGCAAUUUCUUUUUUGCGUUGUUCUUUUCGAAUAAUCUUUAUAUUUAUACGUUAUGUGGCUGCUAUUACAAUGAAAGCGUUUUAUGAUGAAUCGCUAUUAAAAAUUGCUUUCAAACACCGCUACGAUGAGCUACAACGUUUAUGAUGCGGAGUGCUCAUCAGACUAACCGGCCGCAUGGCAUGGCCUAUUUUAUUAUAGUGUGCAUUUAGCUGGCAUUUUAAGCAAAACGUUUGCCUCAUCCGAUACUGCGUGUUUUGGUCACCGGCCAGGCGCUAUUUGCAGGUAUUUCUAAGUUUAUAUAGGGGAAACAGAGAGAUCAGUAAGGUUUGUUUGCAAAUUAUUUUUGGUUACGUGAAAAUACGCGUAGGUAAAUGCAAAAGCAGGACAAAAACGACUCCUGCUUUGCGAACAAUGAAUCUUGAAUAAUGUACUAUAUUUCCCUGCGUGCAUCUUACUCGCUCCCGAUUGGUUCAAAAACAAUCAGCUACUGUCAAACCUCACACAUGCGCACUAUCGUGACACAGUCCCUUUAAGCGCUAAUUUUGAAAAAAAUAUUUACCAACAAUGAAAUCGGAAUAUUUCAUAUUAUUGCUGAAUCAUAUCUAUUGUUCUUUGCAAAGUUUCGAAGCCAUAUCGUAUUAAAAACGAAAAAGGCUAUGACGAAAAGUUCGUCACAGCUCAAUGCUCCUUUAUUAUUGACGGAGCCACCUUAAUUUAGGUCGACGCCCAAAUUACAACUUAGUUCUUUUCAUAAUAAUAUCAACGUUUGGCCUUGGCCUCAGUCGUAAUAUAUAGAUUUAGCCAGGGCUAAAAGCAAAGCUCCUAUUAACUCGAAUUUAUAAUUUAAAUCAAACAAUAAACUUGUACAUGUAUUCCACAAAUCAGUUAACUUUAGAGCAAAUUCAUGUGACUUUUGAGGGAAAGGCUUAGUGACUUAUAAUUUGCAAACAGUCCCAGCUAAGAGUGAACUUAAUCUUAGAUCGAGUUGAUAGCCUUAUAUGUACACCCAAAAAAUAGCAUAGCCUUAAUGGCUAUGUAGAUUAGGCCUGGAAAACAAAUCAGGCGGAAUUUUUUGCGUUCGACAUGUUUACUUUACAAAAUCUUGCCAACAAGUCUGGGUACGUGUGAACCAACCUUUCAUACUUUUUAUACAUCACAUCUGAGGUGAAACAGUACCAGGAGGCGCUGUUUUUAUCAUACAGACCUCGGACAGAAUGCAGUAUUUCACAAUUUUGCAAUACAAAUUGCACUCAUUCAAUAUUCAGGACGAUCGAAGCACGCGUGGACUUUUAGCGAAGCGAUAAAAAAAUUUCCAAAAUCACCUAUACGUACGGCUAGCCGGUUCUCACUUUUGACAAGCGCCAAAGUCCACUGUUUAAAUCAAGAUUAAUAGAGUUAUACGCUUCAACAUAAUGAAGAAUUAUUAUGUUUAUUUUUAAUCUAAUGGUUUUUAGGCGAUGUGUAAUCUUCAAAAGCGUUUGAUACGCGUAGUAUUUUGACUACUCCUGCUAGCGAUGUUCAUGAGCGAAUGAAAACAAACGGCACAGCGAUUAAAAUUGCAAAGAGACUACUAACAAUCAAUAAUAAAAGGAAAAUAAUUCGGUGAAAUAUAUACAGAGACAACAACUCUCAUUCACGAAGACAAAUAUUAAAGUGUCUCCGAAAAUCCUUGUCUAUGUUUUAAGCCGGCUUCCCAGUGUUUGCUUUUUUGCUUUUUCAAAAGUUGAACUCGAAGCAAGAAAAUCGCUUAAAGCUUUCUUUUACGGCCAGAAUUAUAACUAAAUAUUCUUUGGAACGUUUUCUUUCUAUUUGCGGUGAGAAAAUGUCUAAAGGCUUUUUAAAGUUCUAUAAGCUUAAAAUCAAACCUGAUACUCGGUCAGAUCAUUGUCUCAAAUCUUACAAACGUGCAUAAACUAAAUAGCCCCAUAAACUACGCUCGACUUCAUUAAACUAGAUAUAAAAAACAAACAUCAAAUAAAAUAAUUAUUCAGGCUUACCAUUCGAGAUGCACUGAAAACUAUCAAGUAAGGCCAGAAUCGCUUCAGACUUUUCAACCCUAUUAGCCAUCAAGCAAGGUGAAAAACGAAAGCGAUGCCAUCCGAAAUCGGACUUCCCACUUUGACGAGCGACGUAUUUCUCAACCAAAAACCCAAUAAACAAACUAGCCAUGAAUAACAGAAGACUCUUGAUAGCAGCUGAAUUUCAUUUCAUUUUGUAAAUUCAGUGGAAAAAGACAGUUAAAAACAUCACAAGUUGACACAAAACUCUGUCAGCUUCAGCUGUCAAAGUAAACAAGUUUCAAGAUGCUGCAUAUAUUUUCCGCAUGUACUCACCUGUCAAGUUUUGACCAAUCAGAGCAUAAAAAUUGGACGUAGACCGACGCGUGACUUUGGUGAGAAAUGUCAAAAGCAACUGGCAUGUCUUCCCUGCCUGUAAAAACUGGCUGAAUGUUAGCUUCCGAGGUCAGUUUGAAAUCAAAAUUUUAAUUGUGCGGCACAUAUAAAACACAAAAUAUUUCAUAUGAAUUAAAAAAAAUCAAACUUGAGCCUGCAAUCAUUUGAAAACUAGUAACUUGUCAGCGGAUACUCGACCUCGAUAGGUCGACACCUGAGCCAAAGAUACGGUCAGGCGAUACUGGUCAGCGGAUACCCUGUUCUGACAGCUGUCAAUUGAUCACAAUAUUGAUGUGCAACAUGUGUCCGAUAUCAGUCUUCCUGUGUUCCCAAACUAGCUAGAAAUUGUGAGAUUGAACAUUGGUUACCCUGUGGUGCGGACGGACGGGCGGGCAGCGGGCGGUGUACGGUCACGUGAUUACCAAAUUUUCCGGAAUGGGUAGAUUUACUGACCCAUGGUGCUCUGCAGGGGCGCUUCGCUAGCCAGAGCUCCGCUAUUAACUCUGUUUAAAAAACAAUUCGAGGAAAAGUUUAACAUUAAGGCCCGUCUUCAAGUACAGACAAUUUUCUGUGACAUUUUUGCUACCUACAUUUUUUGAUAUGGCUAUUUUAUGGUGAAUUAUUUGCGGUUUCCCAAUCCCAUAGGCGAUGUUUGGGAUUCCUACGAUUCUAGGUUAGCUUUUAAGGCUAGGAAAGUAUUUACUAGGCAGAGCGUGUUGUUCAUUGGUGCUCCUAAACAUAUUUUCCAACAUUACUUUAAUUUCAGUUUACAAGAACUGUGCCGAUUAUUACAAAGCAGGUCAACGAAUAAGUGCUGUUUACCGCGUCGACCCCGAUAAUACCGGUGCCUUUGAUGUGUAUUGUGACCAAACAACAGCAGGUGGGGGUUGGGCAGUGUUUCAGAAAAGACUUGACGGCUCAGUUGACUUCGAUCGCGUUUGGAAAGACUACAAACAAGGCUUCGGGAGUCUAAGCGGGGAAUUUUGGCUUGGAAUGGAUAAGGUUCACCGUCUGACGAAAGAACAAAGCAAGCUUCGGGUGGAACUCGAGGAUUUUAACGGACAAACAGCUUACGCUGAGUACGACUUGUUUGGCGUUGCUGACGAAGGAAAUAAAUACAGGCUAACUCUUGGAACGUAUGCAGGUUAGUGCUAGGCCCACAUUUGACACCUUGCAAUUCGGGAAACCCAGGUUUGCGUCCCCCUCAUUAUCUGGAGUCGCUCAGCGGGGAGGGGGGAGGGUUGCUCAACAAAUGUUUGUACGGCGAGGUUCCGGCUCGAAGUCCAAGCCCUUACCCUUUUAUAUACUAUUUAGCCUGUGAACAGGCUAAAUGUAAACCCGCGAGGAGAGCGAAAGGAAAGGGUAACCCUUUCCUCGCGUUUUUUUUCACCCUUCCCCCAUACAGAGAGCCCGUUCACAGGCUAUAAACCAUUUUUUUACGAAAAAAGUACCCCUUCCGUAUACCUUCUUUUGACGAAUGGUCAUUCUUUCACCUCCCUUCUGUUAGCCCUUUGGACCAUUUCACAGACCCAAAUGGCAGAUUUCCCACCCUUUCGUAUACUUUAACGAGUAAACUCCCUACCCUUUCAUAUACCUGAAGCCUAGAAAAGGUACUCCUUUAUAGGCCAUUAGGUCAUUUUAGGGAGUACCCCCCGGGCUUUCUCGACAGUCUCGGCCAUGUUUUGUGAAUUGCCCUCUGCCAUUUGCUGUUUUUGAACCAUGUUACGCCCGUUUUGUUUAGAUGUUAGCUUCAAGAGCUACACUGUAAAUUCGAGGUAAGGUGAUGUGGUGCGUAAUGUGAUGUGAUUAUAUGUUUGCGAUCCAUUAUUUGUGAGCGUGGAGAUCAGCUAAGUGCACAUUCACUAUAAACAGGGGUUUACAUUUUACAUUAAUUCUUUAUUAUCAUUUUUUGUUUGUUUUGUCUCACUUCAUUAAUUUGCUGUGUUUUUAAUUCAUUUUUCUAAUCACAGCAUUUUGUAAAACUUGGGAGUUACUUUAACGUGGACCAGAGAGGGAAUGGGUAAUGAGCUAGAGGCUUUGUUUCCAUUUUCGAUUUUUCCGUUAACCCUCGUGUUCGUUGCCCGUUGCCCGUUGCCCGUUUUAAUAACGUCCUUGAAAACUGAGUGCACCAAUUUUUAACUUUUACUCUAAAAUUAUCUCUAAUUUUCCCAAAACAAGAAAGUAUCUUUAGUAACACCCAUCUUUUUUGAAAAUAUGUUGCCUUUGUUUAUUUAUCUUUGUAGGAACUGCCGGCGAUUCAUUUUCGUAUCAUCAUGGUAUGGCGUUCUCCACCAAAGAUCAGGACAAUGAUCUAAGCAGUAGUAUAGGCUAUUGUUCCCAGCGUUAUAAGGGAGGUUGGUGGUUCAACGCCUGUCACAAUGCGUUUCUAAACGGCUUCUAUUAUAAAGGCUCACACUCCAACUAUUGGGGAGGUGUGAUGUGGUAUCACUGGAAGGGUAACAGUUACUCCGCUAAACGUGCUGAGAUGAAAAUCAAACCCGUUAACGUUUAA